AUGAAAGGAGGCGGCUGGAGCAAAGGCACGCGCGGAGUGCGAGGGAUGGAUCAGCAGCACCAGUAUCAGCAACCCGUGGCGGCAGGACGCGCGGCGUACGAAUCAAUGGAUAUGCCCAAUAUGGGAAUGGAGAGUCGCGAUUACGGGCAGGAGGCAGCAGCGUGGGCGGACGAGAACGGUAACGAGGAUUUCGGACCGGUUGGAGUGAAAAAGAGCCGAGUGUCAUCCAACAUGGGGAGCUCCACGUGGGAGAUGAGCCGGCAGGAGAUGAAACGUAGUCGUACGGGCGAGGAAACGCCGUACGACGCGCAAGGCCGCUCCGCGAUUCCGGAUUUGCAGAGCCGAUCGAAGCCGGUGGCGGGGGCGAAGCGGGAGAGCGGCUUUUACGAAAGCGGCGCGUGGAGCAACGGCGUGCUGGGCGACAGGAACCCUAACUUCGCGAACGUCGCGAACGCCGCGAGCGUCGGUAACAGUCGCCAAGUGGAGGUUAACGACGUGGAAGAGGAGGAAGACGAGGAGGCGGAAGAAGACGACGAUCUUGCAGCCGAGCCGUUCUUAGAUCAUUCCUUAGAAUUCGCACCUAACGUCCUGUCGUCUAUGGUCAAAGGCGACGCGAGAGACGCUGACGACGAUCGCGCGAAUCUUGGCGGAAUCGACGACUGGGAGCAGGAGGAGCGGGAACGUGCGCGAGAGCGGGAGCGGGACGAGGAGGAAGAGGAGGAGGCGGAUGAGGCGGUGUUGAGAGCGGUGGGGGGGCCUGCACCACAUCGCGACAGCUACAGCCCGAAAGACAGUCAACGCUACAGUCAACGCGGCAGUCAACGGGAUAGUGGACGAGACAGCCAGAGCUACAGCCGAAGCAACGGUGUCAGCUACAAUCGAAGCAACGAUCCCAGCUACAGCCGGAGCUACAGCCACGGGCAGGAGCAGCGUCAGGGCGGCGACAGUCUUGCGAGUCGCGGCGACGCCAGCAGUACGACCCCCAGCGCGCCGCCCGUUUCCGCCAUGAGCGGCGGCCCGCCCGCGCGCGCCGCGCCCGGCGCGCCCACCCGCGCGGCGCCGCAGCCGCAGCGGCCAGAGGCGGGCGGAAGCGGGGAGCGGGAGAGCGCGGAGUCGCCACGGAUGAGCAGCGGAAGGUGGAGCGGCGGGGGGAGGUCCGCGAUAGGGCUGGGGCGGGAAAGCGCGCUGCGGUUGAGCACCGUGCGGGAGGAAUCGGGCGCAACGACGGACUCGCCGUCGCAGGCGUCGCAGAGCAGGGCGGAGAGUGCGGGGGCAGACGCGCCUCUGUCUCCCCACACCCCCACCGCGCCCCAUCGCACCACGGGGCACGCUCAACCGCCUGCUAUCGAACCCAUCCAACUCGCCAGGUAG